AUGUGUCACUGCUCGAACUAUGACGACGUGGAACUUGGUUUGAUGCGUUUCUCGCUAUGCCUACCAUGCCUCAAUGGCAUUUCCAAGGAUGGGGCAUCGCAGGAGCAAGGAGUGGCCUGGCUUGUGAGCAGUGAUAACCAAGAGGCCAAACCGCCGACACUCGAGGAUCCUUGUGGGAUUUGUGGCAUGUACGCUAGAGCUUGGACUCGGCUCGAAAUGGCCAUCUAUGGCCAAGAUGCCGACGAUUCGCAAGAUAUUGCCUUUUGCUACAGAGAUACUGCUGCUUUUGCAUUCUGCUUGCCCCUCUACGGUUUCACGAUCGGAUCACUGCAAUAUGCUGUCCGCAGCUAUUUCGGCCUCAGCGGAACCAGGAGACAAGAUUUUGGCGAUGCCUGUUGUUUCCCCACCGCCACAAUCCUCAAGAACGAGCAAGAAAUUAUUCUUCGUGAGAGGAUUCGCAAAGCUUCAGAGGGAAAACAACAACAACACAAGCUGCCAUAUGGCUGCUACGAUCAAAUGCUGUAUCCCCCCAAGCUAGAGCAGUACGCAGUCAGAGGGGAGCAAGUUGAGGUCACUGCCAGCGACAACAAGGCAGCAGACGCAAAUGUCAGCGUCAAGCCCUCUCCGGCCAAAGCAAAGCGACAAGAACACAUUCUUCACAAUGACGUUGCCCCUCCCACCAAGGCAAAGCGCCAAGAGCACACCCUUCACGAUGAUAUCGAGAGCGCGACUCCCGCGAAACCCAUUCCUCAUGAAUUGGGGGCAACGGCGCUGCGAACUGGGCCUUUGUGA